UAAAAGGAGGGAAGGUAGUGCAGAUCCUAGAAGGCAGCCAGCAGCAGUGAUUGCCAAAGCUCCGUCUCAGUUCUGCCCACACUCCUCUGCCUGCCCCGCAUCAUGAAGUUCCUUGGAGCUACCGUCCUUGUCAUCCUCUGCACCAGGGUCCUCUACUCCUACGAGGAAGAAAGCACUGACAUCUCAGUCACCUGCUGCAUGACCUACGUGACCCGGCAGAUCCCCCGCAAAUUUGUGGUUGCCUACUUUGAGACCAGCACCAAGUGCCCCCAAUAUGGUGUUGUCUUUCUCACCAAAAGGGGCCGGAAUAUCUGUGCCAAUCCCAGCGAUGCCUGGGUUCAGAAAUACAUCAACAACCUGAAGGAGACUCCCCAAGCAGUCCAGUAGGUCAGUUCUCCAAUGGGCAGCAGGGAUGCUGACUAGGGGAAUGUCCCUGCAGCCCCAGAAGUUCCCUGCCCGCUGCGUCCUUCCCCUCCACUAACCACAUUCUGAAAGCUCUCUUUAAUUUAGUAAAGUACGUAAAUAUUGUAAAUUGUUGUAUUCCUUUGAUGCUUUUUUAAAAUGAUUUCGCUGAGAAAUCAUUAUAACACCCUCUUAUCCCCAAAUCUUUUCCCAGUCAAGCAUACAUUGGUUGCCUCAGGAUCCGGGUUAUGGUGAAUUAUUGUGCUCCUGUCUCUGAGUAGGCAUUGGACCAAAUCUAUCAACAGAUGCUUAUUGAGUUUGUAUAAGCCCUUUGCUCUGUUAAAACUGUCAGAAUAAUAAAGAUUAUUUUUGCUUUCUUCA